AUGUCACUCUUCAAAGUAGUAUCACACGAGCGAACUGAUAGGUUCGCCAUCAUAGCAUCGACUAUUACUGAAGUUGUGACGAAGGGAAUCGAGAAACUGAAUCUACCAGCAGCAAAAUAUCAGGUACUUGUGGAAAAAGAUGGCACGGUAAUUGAUGAAGACGAUAUCCUCCUGGCCAUGGCGAAAAUAUCAGGAGUAACUCUUGUACUGAUGCUUUUGCGUGAAGGAAUUGCAUACAAAAGUCAACUUGAUCAGAGUAUAGUGAAUCAAAGCUCGGAACGCGUACCACAAGAUGUUACGAGCACUUCACCCAUUCGCCAGGCAUCGAUGGGAGAAUGUUCACAGACACGAACGAAUUUUCGUGAUACUCUCUGGGAUAAAAUUCCAUCAGACAUCAUGAGACAAUGUCGCGAAGGAGUGCGUGUAUCUGAAGACCAAAGGAGGGAAUUAGUGACGCAAUUGAAAAUCUAUAUGAUGAAUGACUUGAAAGAUGCCACACGGGGUACAGCUCACGCCAUAAGCCAAGCGAUAUGCGAGAAAUAUCCAAACUCCGUUCAGGAUCAGAUCGAUGGAAUCAAAUUGGGAAGAGGAUAUGAAGCACUAGCUGCCCAACUGUAUAAUGCAGUGGGUAAUGUGAGCAGAAAGAGGAAGGCUGGAAACAAAGGCGCACGACUUCAUGCGACUGGCGCGAACUUGGAUGAUGAAGCUACCGAUGACGCAUCUGCCCCAAAAUCAAGAAAACACGACGAGUACGGCUGUGCUGAAGGCAAGUACGAUCCGCAGUUACCACCGGACGAGACUGUGGAAUCACUCGAAGCCAAGCGCCUCAAAUUAAUCGCCUAUCAUGAUGAUUCCAUCGAUCCCAAAGAUGAAAGAGUCCGAACCUUAUUGAAUGAGACAUAUGCGAUUCAACGGAGAAGCAUCAUUGCGUGCUCAAGCAUUGACGCAGGAUUCUUUGCGAAAUGGCCUUACUUGCAAAAUGGUCCUGCACUUUUCCGCCAUGCUGGUGAAUUGCUAGGUAUUACUGAUAUUCAAGAGAAAUGGCAGACUGCACUGCAGAAGUAUGCUGAUCCAAUGAAGAAGUUCGUCAAAGCUGAGGAGGUCAUCAAAAAUCAUAAGAAGAAAGGAAAAAUUGCUGAUGCUGACAUGUUCGUGGAGAAGACUCUACAAGCCGCUCGAGUCGAAGCCACAAUUGUCACGAGGAGUGAUAUACCACUGGUCGCCGCAAUUUUUCCACUCAUUGUUCACCAUUUUGGAGAAACCCAGGAUGCUCUGUACGUGAUAGUUGAUGAAAGUUUGACUGAGGGUGAAACUCUUGAAAAAUUUCCGUGUCCGACCCCAACGCUUGUGGUGAAAGGAAAAUCAUUAUGCAGUGAAAACGCCACAUACUUUGUGGGCUUGGAUAAAACCAGUCUCAUCCCCAUUGAUGGAGUCUAUAAUGGAAUUUUGCUGACGUUUUUGUCUUACUACAUGUUUCGAAUCUGGUACCCGAAGGACUUAGCUCUCACUCUGGAGCUGAUACAAAGAUACUUCUUGAUGAUCAAUCCGUUAGAGGGCUCCAAGAAAGGCAACAAGAAAAGGCAAUCCAUGUCUUUCGAUCCAAAAGUAGUCAAAUUUAUGAAUGGGGUUGAGCGAUACCAGCAGGAUUCAUAA